AUGGCCGGAGGAAACAGGACGUCGUUGGACGGCUGCCCGACGAGCUGCGGCAAUCUGAUCUUCGCCUACCCAUUCGGCGUCGGAGCGGAUUGCUCCCGGGGGCCCGAUUUCAGCUUGAUCUGCGACGACGACGCCUGUCGGUCCCCGAAGCUCUUCUUGCGAGAUGGCAUCACCGAGGUGGUCGACAGCAUCGAAGUUAACAUCAACGACUUCUUCUUGGUCUCCAUCAGGCGUGCCAUCCCCAUGAACUCCGGUGUACGCGUUUACAACAUGUCCCUGGAAACCCCUGGGAGGUCCUUCUCAUUUGACCGCUCUGCAACAUUCAGUGUGACAGGCUGCGACCUGGAUGUGUACUGGAUCGAUCAGAUGACCAGCAGACCUGUGUUUGGUUGCUCAACUUGGUGCCCCGGCAGCGAAGAAAUAAUCACGGAGGUGGCGGCUAGCUACAACUGCAGUGGCAUGGGAUGCUGCUCUGUUUUGGUGCAAGACGUUUUCCAGAUAUCUAUUCAGCUCAGUUUCGUCCACCGGAAAAGCAGCAGCAUCGGCGCCUCCAGAUCUUCUAACCGGACCUCUCUAUUGCGGGAUAGAAUCACCGUUGUUACCAGUAAUUCCACCCUGCUCUUUUGGAACAUCGUCGACCAACCCAACUGUGCUUCCGCCGAGAAGAACCGGACAGAGUAUGCUUGUAUAUCAGCAACCACUCAUUGCAACGACGUCGCAACAUUUGGCUACACCUGCGAAUGCGAACAAGGCUUCACAGGCAACGCCUACAUUAUUGACGGUUGCACCGACGACAUUAUUGGGUAUAAUGCAAAAGAAACCAAGGUCUAUAUAGGUAUUAUUAUCGGACUUUCGGGAGGCUUCGGCAUCCUACUCCUGGCCUUCCUUGCAUUAUUUCUUCUCCGUAGAUGGAGAAGAAAUGUUCAAAAGCAACUACGGAGGACUUAUUUCCAGAAGAACCAAGGUCUUCUUUUAGAACAGUUGACGUCGCCUGACAAAACAAAUAUUUUCUCUCUUGAAGAGCUAGAAAAGGCAACAAAUAACUUUGAUCCCACACGUAUCAUUGGACAUGGUGGCCACGGGAUGGUCUAUAAAGGCAUUUUAUCUGACCAACGUGUUGUUGCAAUAAAGAAGUCUCUAGUCAUUGAGUACAGCGAGAUCAAGCAAUUCAUCAAUGAAGUUGCAAUACUUUCUGAAAUAAAUCACAGAAACAUCGUGAAGCUCUUUGGAUGUUGUCUCGAAUCUGAGGUUCCAUUGCUAGUAUAUGAUUAUAUUUCCAAUGGAUCAUUGACUCAAGUUCUCCAUGAUGAAUCACGAAAUGAUGUUUCUUUGUCUUGGAAUGAUUACAUAAGAAUCGCCACGGAAGCUGCAGGAGCUUUAUCAUAUCUCCACUCAGCAGCUUCAAUAUCAGUCUUCCAUCGUGAUGUGAAGUCCUCUAAUAUACUCUUGGAUGGGAACUACACAGCAAAAGUUUCAGACUUUGGCGCUUCAAGAUUGGUUCCAGUUGAUCAAACACACAUUGUUACGAAUGUACAAGGUACAUUUGGUUACUUAGAUCCAGAGUAUUUCUAUACGAGGCAACUAAAUGCGAAGAGUGAUGUGUAUAGUUUUGGGGUAGUACUUCUAGAGCUGCUUGUUAGAAAGAAGCCUAUUUUCACAAGUAACUCAGGCUUGGUUCAGAACUUGUCAAACUACUUUCUUGAGGCAUUGAAAGAGAGAGAAAUCACUGAUAUAGUUGAUCCUCAAGUUGCCCAGGAAGCAACCAAGGAGGAGAUCAGCAGCAUCGCCUCCAUUGCAGAGAUGUGCUUAAGAUUACGUGGUGAAGAAAGGCCUACAAUGAAGCAAGUGGAGAUGGAAUUACAGAUUUUACGAGAGAAACAGGUGAGCACUUGGCAAAGCAGCCCGAAAAAUGAGCAGCAAAAUGAAACAAUAUUGCUAACUCGAAGAGCUAAAGCUACUUGCCAAGCAUUUGCCACAGAACCAGGUCAGGGAGCCAAUUUACCACUGGAACACAACCAGCGAUGUUAUAGUUUAGAGGAAGAGUUCAUGGAAUCUGCCACCCUACCACGCUAG